AUGAUCCGUCAUCUCGGCUUACACUGGGCGUAUCGAACGUUGGGCAUUCUGGCCGUUGUCGUAAACACGAGUUGUAUCCUUUUGGUCAAAGAUCGAAACAAGACUAUUGGCUCAAACCAAGCCGCGUUCGACCUCGAAAUCCUCAGACGAGGCGAGUAUCUUCUCCUCCUUGGUUUCAGUGCUUUCACCAUGCUCGGCUAUUUCAUUUUAAUUUUCAGUCUGGCAAACUUCGCAACAUCCAUUGGCCUAUCCUCAUCGCAGGCCUCCGUCGCCAGUUCUCUUUUCAAUUUGGGACAGGCUAUCGGAAGACCUCUGAUCCGGUACUUCAAUGAUACCAUCGGCCGCAUCAAUAUGGCUGCUUCUAUGACCUUUAUCGCGGGUAUCAUCCCGGUAACCAUUUGGACCAAUACAGGCAGUUACGGCCUGCUAAUCUUUUUUGCAUUGGCUGAAGGUCUCGUCUCGUCGCAGGAAACUUCUGGGCCACCAUUGCACUUGUGGCUGAAGUUGUGGGGCUACGGAAUGUUCCAUCGGGACUAA